AUGAGGAAUUACAAGAUUUUACCAUAUAUCACACAUUUACCCAUUAAUACCACACGGGAUGUAUCAGCUCGCAGUGCUGCCCAGAAUACCACGGACAAAGUAGGGAGUUGUCAUUGGUCUUGUCAACGAACUAACCAGCCAUCAUCACCUCACUAUCAUAAACCUGAUUUUGAAAGAGCAGGGGGAAAGCGAUCAUCUAUCCACCGUCCACAACUCAGUUCCUCUUCUAUUCACUUUGCUGACAUCAGCCCACCAUAUUUAUACAUGGCAACUUAA